UCAGAAGCACAUCCUGGACACUCUGGUCGGGAGCGUCUCUGCAGCAGAUCAGGGCCCUGAAUGAUCCGAGGUGUGCAUGCAAAGUCAACCUGCUGCUGCGACCCAAUGAGCUCCACCUGACCUAGACGACGCCCCCCCCCCCCCCCCCUCCCGCCUCCCCUCGCCCUGCCUGCCUUCCUGCUGGGCUGCCUCCUGGAUUUAUUGAUAUUUUGGGAACUCAUCCACCACGAUGCUUUGGGAAUUUGGGCUCAUGCUGCUGGUCAUCCUCGCUCCGCAGGCUGCUGGAAUUAAAGAGAGCAGCUUCAGGACGGACUCGGCGCUCAAACCCGUCGACGCUGUCGGUUCUGUCCGUUUGGUGGACCUGCUGAAGUCGUCCGCUCUCUCCAAAGGCUCGAGCUCCGAGCCGGAGAAACGUCGCUCAAAGAGGUCGGUGUUCUUACACUCUGGAGUGAGAAUCUGCCCCCAAGAGACCCUCAACCAAAUCCUCGCCAGCCACCGCUCCUACUACCAGCUCAGAGGUACUUUCUCCUCAAACACACGUCCCACUUCCUGUUUGCUCACACUCCUCUCUGAUUUAACAGGAACACACAACAGGCUGAGCCGGAGGAGAGACGGGAAGCCGCCAUCACGAGGAGUUUUGUUCCCGGCAGUGACGCAGAAGACUCCUGAGAUAGCAGUUAAAGUCACUCAGAUGGUUCCUCCAGCUGCAGAGGUUCAGACCGACGCCACAACCGCAGCCCGAACGAUUCCCCCCACCACCACCAGCGUCCUCCUCAGCCCUGUGAGUGCCUCUCCAAGCCCCGGCCUCGAUCAGAGCCCGCCAGCCAAGGAGGUCAAAGAGGAUGGGCUCUCCGCAGUCCGUCCUCUGCAGCAGCCAGAAGAGUUUACCUGCUGCAGUACCUCACCUUUAAUCAUAGGAGACGUUCUUUUUCCUGUGGUUCUUUCUUACUUAUCUUGUUCCUGUGAUUCCUCGAUGCUGACUUUGUUUUAUUUUGUCUCAAAGGACUCGGAGCUUCUUAACGUCCUCCCUGAGAGCCUGACGGAGCACAUUGUGGAUUUCAGCAUCGACCUGGUGGACCCGGGUUACAGAGAGCUGCUGGACAACCCUGAAGACACAGAAUCCCCUCAGUACAUCGACCUGGUUCACCACCUGCAGGACCAGAUGCUGCCUGUUUUUGACAAACUUCUAGGAUUUAAAGGCCUCCGUGUGCAGCGGAUCAGCGCCAGCGAGACCCAGGACACUGACGGGCUCGGAGGAAUCACGGUGCACUACUCUCUGCUCUUUGAGAAUAACAUCCCUAAAAUCAGCGCGGCUGAGACGGCAACCGACUCGCCCGACUCCUCGGGCAGCUCGGGCUUCAGAGAGAUGGUCAGCAAGGCCUUACGUGAGGACGCCUCGCUGCCAAUCGACCUGGACUCACUUAGCUUUGAAAGAGAUGAUACUCUCCUUCCAGCGCUGACGUCAACCUCUUCAAUUAAUCUAACAGAAGAGUCAAAUGAGCCGGAGUCAAACAACGAGUUUGAAGUUUCUCCUGAAGAGCCAGACGCUGAUAAACGCAAGGAGGAGGAGGAAAAUUCCCUCAUGACCUUGUCAGACCCUGCAUCUCUGCAGAAUCCUGAGAUGAUGGCGGUGACUGUGGGGAUGGCAGAGAGCAGCAAUCCUCCCCCAGCCUCUGAGGAUAUUACCGAUGAGUCAGAGGCAAUUUAUGUGAGUGAGCCCGAGCCAUCAAACGAAGACGACGGGGAGGAAGAGGAAUUGCUGAUCAUUACACAUGAGAUUGAAACCAUUCAUCACGAUAAAACCGGUGAACUUGUGAGACACUACAUCCCGACUCCUCCCGGGACUCUGGAGCUGGAGACUGAGGCUCCGCACAUCAGUUUGUCCCCUAACCUAAUAUCAGAAGAGGACCUGACACCUGUUGAUGAGGACGGCGAGGAUCUUAGUCUGAAUGUUGUUGCAACAACCACAAAAGAUUUAUUGACUACUGCUGCAGAGGAUUCUGACAUGGGACUCACCAUCACAACACUUCCAGAAAUCACAGGACAGCCACCCACCGAGUGGAUAGUGGAUCUCGAAGAGUACAAAGCAGUAACAGGAGGAAAUGCAGAAGUGUCAGAACCUGAAGAAGAAGAGGAGGAUGACGUUUCAAAACCGGUAGAGGACAUAGCCGAGGAGGAGGAAGUACCUGUAGUUUUACAGACGGAGGAAGAAGUAGCCGAGGUCUCAGAACCAGAGGAAAAAGAAGAAGAAGUAGCUGAGGUUUUGGUACCAGAGGAAGAAGAUGAAGUAGCCGAGGUUUCAGAACCAGAGGAAGAAGAAGUAGCCGAGGUUUCAGAGCCAGAGGAAGAAGAAGAAGUAGCCGAGGUUUCAGAACCAGAGGAAGAGGAAGAAGUAGCCGAGGUUUCAGAACCAGAAGAAGUAGCCAAGGUUUCAGAACCAGAAGAAGUAGCUGAGGUUUCAGAACCAGAGGAGGAAGAAGUAGCCAAGGUUUCAAAACCAGAAGAAGAAGUAGCCGAAGUUUCAGAGCCAGCUGAGGACUUAGAGCCAGAGGAGGACAUAGCUGAAGAGGAAGAAGAACCUGAAGUUUCACAAAUAGAUGAAGGUGAAAAUUCAGAGCCAGAAGUAGCUGAAGAGGAAGCAGAACCAGAGGUUUCGGAGAUAAAGGAAGAUGAAGGUUUAGAAGAAGAAGAAGAAGAAGAAGAAGAAGAAGAAGAAGCUGAGGUAGAAGAGGUAGGUGAAAUGUUUGAACCAGAGGAAGAAGUUGCUGAAGAGGAAGAAGUAGAAGUUUUAGAGCCAAUAGAAGAAGAGGUAGGAGAAAUUCCAGAAACAGAGGAAGAAGAACCUGAGGUGUCAGAGCUGGAAGAAGAGUUGGAGGUAGUUUCAGAACCAGAAGAAAUCGAGGAGAGCGAGUUAGAUGAGGUCUCAGAGACAGAAGUACCAGAGGUAGAACCAGCUGAAGUUCUGCAGCCAGUAAAGGAAACAGUUGAAGAUACAGAAGAAGAACAAGAAGAAGAAGUCGUAGUUGAGGUGUCACCUGCAGGUCCAGAACCUGAGAUAGAGGAUAAAGCUUCAGAACAAGCUCCAGAAGCAGAAGAAGAGUCCGACGUUGGUGGGGAUGUAAACGAGGUUCCAGUUCAAGAAGUAGAGGUAGUUGAUCAAGCAGAACCAGAAGAAACUACACAAGAACCUUCUGAGGAAGAAGCACCUGAAGGCACCAAGGAAGCAGUACCUGACACUUCUGAACUCGAACCAGAGGCAGAUAAAGAGGAUCCUGUAGAUUUGGCUGGACCUGUAGAAAAAGAAGAGGAAGGUGACGUCGUAGAACCAGAGGUCGAGGUUGAAGAAUCACAGGGGGGCGUAGUUGAGGUAUUUGAACCAACACCUGAACCAGAAUCCGCUCCAGAACAGGAAGAGCAUGUCCCUGAAGUUACGGAGACAGGUGAGGAGAUAGCUGAGAUUGCAGAAGUGGUGGAUGAUGCAGAAAAGGUUUCAGAAACUAGUGAAGAAGAUGUAGAGGUCACUGAAAUGGUACCAGCGCCAGGGGAAGAAGAAGAACCGGAUGUAGCACCUCCAGGGGAGGAUGAAGUCGGGGUCGUAACGCUGCUUCCAGAGGAAAAUCCAACAGAUGCUGUAGUUGUCUUUGAGGAAGAACAAGAGAUCCCGGAGGAAGAAACAGAACCAGGGGAGGACACUGAUAAUGUGGUGCUACCAGAAGACUUACCGGGGGUUUCAGAGCAGCAAGAACCAGAAGAGGAACUUGUAGGUGAAGCCACAGAACCAAGUCCAGAGGAGGCUGUAGUUGAACUGUUAGAACCAGAACCCGAGGCAGAUAUUACUGAGCCGCCAGCUCAGUCAAUUACAAUCCUUCAACCCCUGGACAGCGAGGAAGAUCUUCACCUUGGAGAAGAUACCGUUCAGGUUGAUGAAGAGUUUGAGUUCCUUCCUCCAGUCACACCUGGCAGCCCCCAUCCCCACGAGGAGGAUAACUUAACCAUCGUACCAGUGGACAUCCAACCUCCUGAAGGGGACGCAGCUGGACUUGACCACGAGUAUACCAUCGUCGACUACACUGAGGAGGAGGACAGUGAAGACACACAAGUGGAGGGCGAUUCUGGACCAACCCCGGAAACAUCGGAGGGUGAUCAAGGGCUUGAAGAGACUUCAGAGGGGACCGCUCCAGACGAGCCGGAGACAUCAGAGGACGCCGAAGUCCCAGAGGAGGUGCCGGAGGAGACAGAAGAAAGCGAUUCAUCUCCAGAAACAGACAGCAGUGCAACAGACAUCUUCACCACUCCUCCAACAACUUCUGUCGACGCGGCUGCGCCCAUCCCAACUAUAGACUCUGGACUUUUUGAGGUAGCAGAGCACGCUGUGAUCCCCGACACUUCUGAGGAUGACAUCAAAGAGGUGGAGGCAGAGCUGGGGCACAGCGAGCCGGCCGUCGUCAUUAUUGAUGAAGAGUUGGAAAAGAAAGGACUUGAAAGCCAAACCAGCCCGCCAGCGGCUCCUGAAGAUGCCGUUGACGAGGCCGUGAGGGACUUAGCGGAGGAGCUGGAUAAAAUGGACAUUCCAACGACUGACGCAAACCAGCUGUUGGAGGAAGGGAGCAGCUUUUUACCUGUGGAGGAGGAGCUCAGCACUGUCAGCGCCACAGCCCCUCCCCCGAUUAAAUACCUUACCACACCGUCCAUGACCACAGCACCUCAGGGCAAAGAGCUGGUGGUGUUCUUCAGCCUGCGCGUCACCAACAUGGACUUCUCCGAGGACCUGUUCAACAAGACGUCGCCGGAGUACAGAGCCCUGGAGAACCAAUUCUUACACCUGCUGCUGCCGUACCUGCAGGCCAACCUGACAGGCUUCAUGGAUCUGGAAAUCCUGAACUUCAGGAAGGGCAGCGUGGUCGUCAACAGCAGGAUGAAGUUCGCCAAGACGGUGCCGUACAACGUCACCGAGGCCGUGCACUGCGUCCUGGAGGAGUUCUGCUCCGCCGCCUACAAAAACAUGCACAUCCAGAUCGACACGGGCUCGCUGGAUAUUGAACCAGCCGAUCAGGCCGAUCCCUGCAAGUUCCUGGCCUGCGAUGACUUCUCUCGCUGCGUGUUGAGCGGCCGGACGAAGGAGGCGCAGUGUGUGUGUCAGCCCGGCUUCGUGUCCGUGGACGGCCAGCCCUGUCGGAGCGUGUGUGUCGUCCAGCCCGACUACUGCAGAGGAGGGGAGUGCCACAUAGUUCCUGGACGUGGAGCGGUGUGCAGAUACAAAGACAGCUACUCCCUCCCAGGCCUCGCCAGCUAAGACAAAAUAUCGGAUUGGACGCCACCUGAGAAUACUAGAAAAGACUCGAUGAAACAGAACUCCGCAGCAGGAUCUGAAGACUCCUCAAGGCCUCACAGUUUAAAAAACAAAAAAAUCAAACCUGGUGCUGAGCUGAAGAGGCUUCGGGACAAACUGUGCUCCUCUAAAAAAAAAAAAAAAAAAAAAAAAAAAACUCCUCAGAGCACCGAGCUUCUUAUCAAAGGACAAACAAACGGACAUUUAGGGACACUGUCGGACCACCGUCGUCUGCCGCCGCCAGCAGCGAGACGACAAAGAGGAGCUCAGCAGGCGAGUCUGCAGCAUCGAUCGUGUGAAAAAAAACGAUUGACCCUGGACUGUUUAUGUAUUCGUCUGC